AAAACAAAGAAAGUCUUGAAAAACAUCAACAAAAUGAAGAGCUCACUGCUGCUACUACUCUCCUUCCUUCUCCUUUCCUCGCUCCCAAAUCUUCUUAUGGCUGAUAAUCUUGAGCCCUUGUACGACUCCUCCGGCGAUAAAGUCGUCACAGGCACCCAAUACUAUCUCGUGCCUGCGUUCAGUGGACAUGGUGGUGGUUUAUAUGCCAAACCAUCAACUUGUCCAGGAGAAAUCUUCCAAGAAAAUUCAGACUCAGCAUUGGGUCAGGCAGUACUAUUCUAUCCUGCCAACUACACCUAUGUGAGUGGUACUGUUGUCCACGAGUCCUCUGCUUUGGACAUCCAUUUCAGUGGUCAAGCUUGUAGGAAAUCCCCAAAUGCGUGGACUGUCAGUUAUUUUGAUGACGCAGUGGGUGCAUGGAUCGUUACAGCAUAUGGGUUCGUAGGAAACCCAGGACCAUAUGGUUUCAAGUUUGAGAAAGUCUGCAACGAUAAUGUGUACCAGAUUCUUUUCGAUCCUCCGACUACACUAGGAUUACCUAAGAGCUACGUUGGGGUCACUUCUGAGGCCGAGAGGCGCACAGCUCUCAUUAGUGUCCCACCCUUGCGGUUGAAGAUUGUCAAAGCUUCAUAUGCUCGCCAAGUUAAAGAAGCAAGACUCAACAAGGGAAGGAUUGCUAGUGUGGUUUAAUGCCCACUAUUUAUCUAAAUAUUUUAUCCAAGUCUUUCUUGUUGUUGGAAAUAAAUUAUAAGGAUAUCACUUUUGAGAUCCUUGUAAUGCAUAAAUUAUAAACCCAUAAUUAAAUAAUGGACUUGGUAC